AUGCCACUUGUCCUAGAUCCCAGAACCAGCUCACCACCACAAUACACAACUCUAUUCCAAAUAACAACGCAACAGACGACGCUUGCAACUCAAACGACAGUUCCUACAGAUACUGUGUAUACGCCGCUUCCGACAACGACAGAUGAGCCACCGAGCCAGACGAACACCAGCGGUCUCAGCACCCAAGCCAAGAUUGGCCUGGAAUCCGGCAUCGCCCUGGGGGUGCUGGCUGUGGUGGUUGCCAUAGGACUCUGCGCAUAUGGCUUCAGUUGCCGCAAGUCGGAGAAGGACUCUGAUACGAUUCGAAGUUACUCGCCGGAGCCGGGGACGCCGCAAGCUUCCAUGCUGGACUUGCCCUCUCAACACAUUACAAAUCUCCCUCAGAAAGCCCCUCUCGUGUUUGGGCAUCGAAUAAACCGCGAUCAAAGCUCAAACCCCUUGAUAUACACCGCCGAGCUGGACGAGGGCGAUACUUGGGAUAGAUACCCUAGAGUGUCCGAGUUGCAGUCGGGGCCAUACGUGAAGCUGCCCGCAAAUGCAAGGCGAGCCGAACUGGAAAGUAACCACACUAGGAAUCCAGCGGUCAUGCACAAGAUUCCUCGGAAAGAGGUUCAAAGUCAUACGCACAGAGAGCCUUUACUACAGUCAGAAGUGUCAGUGUGGCCGGCUUGA